AGCACGCUUUUCAUCUUCCCAAAUCUGUCAGUGGAAACAUAUCUCAAAAAGAUGGCGAGUUCUACGCCUCUCACAUUAGAUGGUAUUUCUUCCUUAAAAGUUGUAACUUUACGUCAAGAACUGGAUAAAAGAGGUCUUGAAAAGUCAGGAUUAAAAGCUGACCUGGUAAAACGUCUCGAAAAGUCACUCUUGGAAGAAAGUCUUGGUGAAAAUGACAUUGUCAAUGGCAGCGCUUCAGAGGAAGAAGAUGAGGAUGCUCAAAUAAAUAAAGAGGAAGAAGAAAUAGAAGAAAAUGAAGAAGCAGAAGAUAAAAACAAUGACGAGGAGAAAGAAGAAGAAAAGAAAGAGGAGAAUGAAAAGAUGGUUGUGGAGAAAGAUGAUAUUGACAAGAGUGAAACUAAUGUAAAAGAUGAAAGUCGGGCCAUUGUAGGAGAUUCAGAAAGUCAAGCACAAGAAUGCAAUGAAGAACAAAAUGUUGCUGAAGAAGAACGUGGUGUUAAAGAAGAAGAUUGUGUUGAUGAAGAAAUUGAGAGUGAUUCAGAUGGGCCUGAAGAAGAAGAAAUGGAAGUGCAGGAAGAAGAAAAUGAGACAUUUGAUCCACCAGAAUCAGAACAACCAGAAGAGAAUCAAGAUGCAAAUGAUUUGCCAGAAGAUGAGCGCGACAAUGAUAUAAAUGAAAAUGAGGAUGAAAAUAGUGAGGAAAAAACUCAGUCAGAUGAUGAUGAGCAUGAAAAUGAAGUGGUCACAAAUGCCAUUGAUGUUCAAGGGGAAAGUAAUGAAGUGGAGAUGGUAGAGACAGAUGGAAACGAAGAAGACAACAAACCGGAAGAAGGUUUUGAAAAUGGAUCUAAAGAAACGAGUGAGGAAGAAAAUGAUCAUGAGGAAGAUUCUAGUGAAGUGACAGAGGCACGUACUGAAGUUGACCAAUGUAUUAUUGAACAAAAUACAUCUAAAGAAAAUAAUACAGCUGAAUCAGAAGAAACAAAUACAACAUCUGAUGAAUUUAGAGAAGACAAAGUUAAAUCGGUUGAAGAAGAAUUUAUCCCCAUAAAUAGUGACUCAGAAGAAGCAAAAGAGCUAGAUGCUGAUAAACAGGAAAAUCCUGUAAAUGUUAAUGUAAAUAAAUUAGAACAGGAUGUAGAUACAAACAAUGACUUAUUAAAAACAAAUGAAUCUAGUAACUCAACUGAAAAAGAUCAUGUUCAUGAUAAUCCUUCAAGUGGCAACAAGUCUAAAACAGGAACAACACCAUUAUUAGAAACUGUUUCCUCUUCCGAAGCCAAAGUUGAUCUAAGCACGUCUGAAACAAGCAAAAAACAAGAAGAAAAGAAAGAUGAGCCUGCAACGGACAAAGCUAAGACUGCUGAAGAAAAGAAAAAGGAUUUAAGUCGAUGUCUAUGGAUAAGUGGACUUUCCUCCAUUUCCAAAGCUGUUGAUUUAAAGAACACAUUUUGUAAAGUUGGAAAGGUUAUUGGAGCAAAAGUUGUAACAAGUGCAAAAACACCUGGCUCGCAAUGUUUUGGUUUUGUGACCAUGUCAACACCACAAGAAGCCUUAGCAGCUAUAGAGAAAUUGCACAAGUCUGUUUUACAUGAAAAAACGAUACAAGUUGAAAAGGCCAAAACGGAUCCAACUCCAGCUAAGAAACCAAGUGACAAAUCUAAAACCGGUGACAAGAAAUCUGACGAUAAAUCAAAAUCUCGUUCUACCACCAAAAGUCAACGAACAUCAUCAUCAUCUAAAUCACGUCGUGAUGAUUACAGUAGUCGCCAUAACCGUGAUGAAUCAAAAAGAUCAGGGGCCAGAAAAGACAGUGAUAAGAGUCGAGAAGCCAAAAGAGAUAGCAGAAAAGGAGCGUCGUCCCGAGGUAGUUCUCCGAAAACUUCAGAGAAAGGUAAUUCUCCUAAGGAUAUAUCAGAUGUUCAAAAGAAGGAAAAGGUAUCUAAGGAGAAGGACGAGGAGGCCGAAAGAAAGAAAGAGCAAAGACUUGAACAACUCCGAAAGGAACGUGCUGAGAAAAUAGAGCGUGAACACCAACUUAGAGAAGAGCGUAAAAAAAAAGAACGCGAAAGAGAACGCCAAUUACGAGAAGAACGUCGGCGCGAACAAGAGAAACGAGAAAAAGAAAGAAGAGAAAGAGCUCGAAAAGAAGCUGAACGAGUUCGUAAAGAUCGUGAGAAACAACGCGAGUUAGAACGUCAAAGAGAACGCGAAAGAGAAAAGGAAAGGGAGCGUUUCAUAAGAGAGCGAAAAGAGAGAGAAGAACGAGAACGGCGAGAAAGGGAAAAGGAACGGGAACAAUUAGAACGCGAGAGACUCGAAAGAGAACGUCUUGAGCGUGAAAGACGUGAGCAAGAACGUUUGGAAAAGGAGCGUAUAGAAAGAGAGCGUCAAGAAAGAGAACGUUUAGAAAAAGAAAGAUUAGCUCGAGAAGAGCACGAGAGUCGUAUUGAAAGAGAACGCCAGCGUUUGGAACAACAAAGAUUGGAGCGAGAACGCGCUGAAAGAGAACGUGAAAGAGAAAGACGUGUAAUUGAUAGAGGUAUUGACCGAGGCCUUGGAAGCAACACUUUAAAGAGAACAGCUCCAUCAAACGACCGUGGUUACCACAACGAAGCAAAGAAAAACUUUAACGAGCAGUCUGCCUCUCGGAAAGGUUUCUUUUCUGCUGGCAAUGAUAAUCGCGAAGGAAGAGUACCUUCGCACUAUAUUCAGGACGAUGUAUAUGAUGUAGCUUAUCAGCGCCGAAACAAUACUCCUAAAUCAGACCAACGUGGUGCUAGAGAUCUUCGUGACGAUUCUCGACGUAAUGUACGUUCUGGUGACGUUAGAAAAGAUGAACGUGCAGGUUCUAGAGAUAUUCGUAGAAACUCAAGAGAUGAGUAUGAUACGGUUGAAAAGACACGAGAUGCUUACUCGAGUGAUAUUAGACGAGUGGUUCAGAGAAAUGAUGUUGACCGAGGUAGCUAUUCAAGAGAUCGUUCUCCGCACAGAGUAUCCGAAUCAAACCAAAGGUAUCGUAGUGGUGCUGAAGAAAGAGUUUUUACAGCACGUGAUUUUGACAGAAGAGGUGGUGAUAGUAAUUGGCUUUCAGCACCGAACUCUAAUGCACCGAAAACGUUGUCAGAUGUUUUAGGUAGAGCUGGCCUUACUGGGAUCUUGGGCAACCAAGCUGAGUCAUCGCAGCCCUAUUCUCAACUUCGCGAUUAUUCACCAAAGGAAUCUUCUGAUCGAUAUUAUUCUCCUGAUAUGCGCCGUCCCUUAGAUAGGAAUAAUGAACGGGAAAGUAAUGAUCGUGGUGUGCGCUUAAGCGAUCGUAAUAUUGGACCUGUUCGUAAUAUUGGUCCGGAUCGUCGUUCUGGUGACCGGGAUAUGAUAAGAGAAGACCGUCGGCCAGACGCCCGCGAAUCUCGAGGUGAUUUCCGAGUUACACGAGACUCCAGGGAUUUACGAGAAUCAAGGGAUGUGCGAGGAGAACAAAGAGAAAGACGUGACGAUCGUGUUAUUAGGAAUAGUAAUCGAGACAUUCAAGGCGGAGAAGCCCGAGAUUUCCGAGGAGAUAUUUGUGAUGUCCGUAGGGAUGAUAGAGUUGAAAGUUAUCGAGACGAGGACAAUUUUAGAAAUGCACGUCGUGCUGGACACUUUAAUGAUGACCGUAAAGACAUGAGAGACAGCGAGCGAAGAGAAGUACGCGAGAAUACAAGACAUAGUCGCGAUUACCCAAGUAACCAAUCAGCAGCCGUCGAAAGAGGUAUAAAACCAACUAUUCAAUCUAACGAGCCUUUAUCAAUGACAGAGAGGAGGGGAUUGCAUCCUUUAGCUGCGGACAUAACUUCGAGAGCUUUAACUACUGUCGUAUCACAACCAAGAGUUGUACCCUUAACCGAUUUGUUUGGACGACCGCUGCAACCUGUUGUUGCUAAUCCUGCUGCACACGCAUUGCAAGCUGGGUAUGCUCAAGGAUUAGCUUUACAUCAAGUAGCACAAACUGGAAUACAAUUAGGUAGAGAUGGACGUCUUGAGUAUACACGAGUUGGACAACCUCAGACAGGUAUACCACCAGUACAACGCAGAUACUAAAUGUUAGUAUAUCUAUAUAGUGUUGUUAGUGUUAUUUUUUAACCCAUUCUUGUUGACGACGUGCUCAGAAAUUUUGGUCGUAGAAACUUUCGAAAAUAUCUUUUAGUCUAGUAUCUGUGAAAUGACUUUUUGUGUAAAGAUUUAAUUGUAAGCAAAUUAAUGCA